AUGAUUAGAUCAGUAUUGCCAUGCUCCAAGCUUCUCUCUAGGAGUCGAGUCCUUCCUAGAGCUUCUACCUCAAUCAUCUCAAAGACGACACCUCUUCUGUCGCAAGUCAGGUCCUACUACCAUGAACCCUACCCUACUCCCAAACACGACCUGAAAUCAGUUCCAUCAAAAGGAGAUCAUGCGGAAAGUAGAAUCACGCCUCACAGAAGAGGGAAAGUAUGGGUAGAUGCUAAAACGGCUAUCCAGGAUAUCAAGUCUGGCUCUACUGUUCUCUCAGCUGGGUUUGGUCUGUGUGGUACCGCCGAAACUAUCAUUACCGCUAUAACGGAGAGAAAGGACUUGCAAGAUUUGAUGGUUGUCAGUAAUAAUGCUGGUAAUGCUGGUACAGCCGGUUUAUCUCCCCUCGUUACCUCUGGUCAGAUCCAAAGGAUGAUCUUGUCUUAUCUGGGUACAAAUAAAGGUCUCAUGGCUGCGUACAUUGGAGGAAGGAUUUCUUUAGAACUCAGUCCUCAGGGUACUAUUGCUGAAAGAUUGAGAGCCGCCGGUGCUGGUAUGCCUGGUAUAUAUACCAGAAGUGGGGUCGGGACUUUUAUCGAGACUGGUGGUAUCCCAAGGCGGUUCUCAGCUCCAGAUGCCGAUGGUAAACAAACGGUGGUAGAAUCAGGAGCGACGAAAGAAACCAAAGAGAUUGAUGGAAAAAAAUACAUCUUCGAACCCGCAAUUCACGGUGAUGUCGCUAUUUUGAGAGCUUGGAAAGUUGACAGAGCUGGUAAUUGUGUCUUCCGAUAUACUACUAGAGCUUUCGGACCUCUAGUAGCAAAGGCUGCCAAGUUGACCAUAGUAGAAGCCGAAAAUAUCGUAGAGAUUGGCGAAAUCAACCCUAUGAAUAUCGAUUUGCCCGGUAUCUAUGUCGAUCGGAUCGUUCCUGCAACGGUAGACAAACAGAUUGAAAUCAAGACAACCCGAGAACAAUCUGAGAACGUUUCUCCGUCAUCAGGAGACGAAGGACAUCGGUCAGAAUCACCCAAACAUGAUACAGCUAAAGAAUCUAGAGAAAGAAUCGCCAAACGGGCUUCCAAAGAGCUCUACGACGGUGCUUAUGUGAAUCUCGGUGUUGGUAUCCCUGUCUUGGCAGCCAACUACUUGCCUGAAGGUCAAAAAGUCUGGAUUCAGAGUGAGAACGGUAUACUAGGAAUGGGUCCUUAUCCACUUGAGGAUGAAGUCGAUGCCGACAUCAUCAAUGCUGGUAAAGAGACUGUAACUCUUGUUCCUGGUGCCUCGGUCUUCGAUUCUUCAGAGUCAUUCAGUAUGAUCCGAGGAGGUCACGUUGACGUCUCAAUUCUCGGUGCAAUGGAAGUCUCAGCUUCGGGUGAUCUUGCCAACUACAUGAUUCCGGGAAAGCUCAUCAAAGGUAUGGGAGGUGCGAUGGAUCUUGUAUCAUCUCCAGAGGACACGAAGAUCGUCGUUGUAACAACACAUGUUGACAAGCAUGGCAAGCCCAAGGUACUCGAACAAUGUUCUUUACCUUUAACUGGUGUUUCGGUCGUUAGCCGAAUCAUCACGGAUCUCGCCGUCUUCGAUGUUGACAGGACAAAUCAAAAUGGAGGCGGAUUGACUUUGAUAGAGCUCGCUGAAGGCAUGACUGUCGAAGAAGUAAAAGAGAAGACAGGAGCUAGCUUUAAAGUAGCUUCGGAACUUGGAAGAUUUUAG